UUAAGAAGGCCAGGUAUAGAACACGUAAGGGCCAAAUUGCGACCAACAUGCUAGGAGUUUGUGAUCGCAAUAUGAAGUUUGUAUAUGCAUUGCCGGGUUGGAAGGGAUCAGCGGCUGAUUCUCACAUACUCCGGGAUGCAGUCAAUAGGCCACAUGGAUUUAGAGUCCCCCGGGGGAAUUAUUAUUUGGUAGAUUGUGGAUAUGCAAACAGUGAAGACUUUCUUGCACCGUAUAAAGAAGUUCGUUAUCAUUUGAAGGAGUGGGGGCCUACUAAUGCAAGGCCUCAAAAUACUGAGGAGUUGUUUAAUCUACGACAUGACAAAGCUCAGAAUGUUAUUGAACUUGCAUUUGGAAUCCUGAAGAUGCGGUGGGCUGCACUAAGAAGUUCAACGUAUUAUCCCAUCAAAAUUCAAAUUAGGCUAAUGAUGGCGUGUGUUCUUCUUGACAACUUCAUUCGUUCUAACAUGGCGAUUGAUCCGGUCGAGCAGCAGUACGAUCUACUCCUCCAAGAACUCGAGAUCACCAAUGAUGAGCCGAAGGAUUUUGUUGAUACAAUUAACUCGUCUCAAGCGUGGAACGCGGAGAUGGAUGCCCUCGCACAAACAAUGUGGCAGCAAUAUUGUGAUGCUAUGAACUAAUGCAUGUUUAGUGAUUAU